UUUCACAGCCAGCUGGGAUCGGACAGUCAUCCCAGUUCUGUCACAAAAAUCGUCAAUUUUGACAUAUUUCAACAUAAAUCCAGAAAUUCAUCAUUUGUCAUGUCAAAAUCGUUGUUUUCGUGCGACCCGUCGUCUACACCCUUCCAAAAUUGACCUCCCAGGCCCACAAUGCGCCGAGUGUUCGACACCGGACCUUCCGCGUCAAACAAUUGUUAUUAUUGAUAAGAAAUCCUUAUCAGCUACCGUUUGACAGAUAAAUUUUCUUCGCUGAAACAAUAUGUUAUUAGGCGUCGAGCCGUAUUCCUGAUAAUUCUUGAAAAUGUUGAGUGUUUCGGAGGUGUUUAAAUUCUUCGGGUUGUGUGUGUCUGUGCUAGUCUUCACGCAAUGUUAUCCGGAAGAAACCAGGGUGAUGACGAGGGAAGAGCGCUACAGGCUCAGGGAAGAAACGCGGGACAUGUUUUAUCAUGCAUAUCGAGCUUAUAUGGAAAACGCCUACCCUGCAGAUGAACUCAUGCCGCUGAGUUGUAAGGGCAGGUACAGGGGGCUUACACCAAAUAGAGGCGACAUUGACGACUGUUUAGGCAAUUUCUCACUAACAUUAAUCGAUACUCUGGACUCUUUAGUGGUGUUAGGUGAUUUAGAAGAAUUCGAACACGCCGUUAAGCUCGUUAUAAAGGACGUAUCGUUCGACAACGACGUCGUGGUGUCUGUCUUCGAAACGAACAUUCGAGUUUUAGGGGGACUUCUAUCAGCUCACAUUCUCGCCGAUUAUUUACAACAGCGAGAUGGAAUACUGCCAUGGUACAAGGGCGAACUACUCAAUAUGGCCAAAGACGUCGGCUACAGGCUGUUACCGGCUUUUAACACCACCACGGGGAUACCCCACUCCAGAGUGAACAUGAAAUACGGCAUCAAGAGUGAUCGCUUGGAGUCUGCUAGAGAAACGUGUACAGCUUGUGCGGGUUCCAUGAUCUUGGAGAUGGCAGCACUGUCGCGACUCACCGGCGAGCCGAUUUUUGAAGAAAAGUCGCACAAAGCGAUGGACGAGUUGUGGAAAAUGCGCCAUCGGAGUUCCGACCUUAUGGGUACUGUGUUGAAUGUCCAUUCAGGCGAUUGGGUUCGGAGGGACUCGGGAGUCGGUGCUGGCAUCGAUUCCUACUACGAGUAUUGUCUGAAAGCCUACAUUUUGCUGGGAGACAACAAGUAUCUGCAUCGGUUCAAUCGACAUUACAACGCUGUGAUGAAAUAUAUAUCUCAAGGUCCGAUGCUUCUCGACGUCCACAUGCACCGCCCCCAUACCAACUCCCGCAACUACAUGGACGCACUCCUUGCUUUCUGGCCCGGCCUCCAAGUCCUCAAGGGCGACCUGAAGCCCGCGGUGGAAACCCACGAGAUGCUGUACCAAGUCAUGCAACGUCACACCUUCAUUCCCGAAGCCUUCACCACCGACUUCCAGGUCCACUGGGGCAACCACCCUCUGCGACCCGAAUUUUUAGAAUCCACGUACUUCCUCUAUGGUGCCACCAACGAUCCCUACUACCUGGAAGUAGGAAGAACCGUAUUAAAUAGUUUACAAAAAUAUGCACGAGUGCCUUGCGGCUACGCCGCCGUCAACGACGUCAGAACUAGGAAGCAAGAGGACCGAAUGGACUCUUUCGUGCUCUCCGAAACGCUGAAAUACCUGUAUUUGUUGUUCGCGGACAAGGAGGAUUUGGUGUUGAACUUGGAUGAGUUUAUUUUUACGACGGAGGGGCAUCUGUUGCCUCUGAGUUUGGCCGGGUAUAGCGGAAAUAAGACUGUUAGUGAUCUGGACGUGGAGGAGGGGGAGUUCGCGAGAACGUGUCCGAAUACGUUGCAGUUGUUUCCGGAGACGGUUAGGAAGCCGUUGCAGAAUAUGGUGGACGGGAUGUGUCCGAAGAGGAAUUCGAAAAGGAGGCUGACCGCUGCCGAAUUUUCGGCGUCUAAUAUCAACCACUUGAAGAUGAUCAAGGAUAUGGGGAUUAAUAUCAUUGCGUUGAGUGAUGGGAGAGUGCAACUUCUUCAUACGUUUUCUUCGGCUCGUUCGACCGCCGACGGCGAAGAAGGCCUCCUCUUCAUGCAAGAAAUGAUGGAACUCUCCAAGAUCCAAAACCACCAACCUGACGCGUCUCCGCAGUCGGUCACCUUCACCAUCAAAGACGCCACCGGCACCGACCAAGUGCUCACCGUUCAAGCCGGCCCUUCCCAAUUCGGCAAGAACCUGCUCGGCGACCAGAAAGUCACAGCUCGCACCAUGAUCAUCCACCCCUUCCGUGCCUGCAGCGAGCUGGUGCAGACCGAGGCCAUCAAGGGCAAGAUCGCCAUCAUGGAGCGAGGAGACUGCAUGUUCGUGGACAAAGCACGAAAAGUACAAAAGCAUGGAGCCGUGGGGGCCAUCAUCAUCGACAACACCCCCGGCAGCAACGCCGCCACCUCCCCCAUGUUCUCCAUGUCCGGAGACGGCACCGACGACGUCACUAUACCCACGGUGUUCUUGUUCGCGCAGGACGCGUCGAAGCUGCUGUUCGCCUUGUCGAGGGACCCCAGCAUCGAAGUCACGCUGAGCGAAUUCAAGGAAGGAGAGGCCUGGGGUCAGAGCGAAGAAGAAAGCAUGUUUUAUAAAUUGAAAGUGUCCGUCCAGGAGUUUUUGAAUAAGCAUACGGGGAUUGCGUUUACGAAGUCGGUACAAGUGGGAAAUUUUAAAGCGAGUAUCGGUUCGGACAAGAUUAGGAUAACGUUCGAGGAGAGUCAGGAGGGGAGUCAGGAGAAGAGUUCCGACGACACGGUCACGACACCGCAGUGGGUCCAAGUUCGCAAAGAUCUCCUCAAAUCGAUAAUGACUUCCGAAAGUAAGGAACUGUUUGUUCCUUUGAACAUUUUGAGGAUUUACUACCAGACGUUGAGCGACGAUCCCAUGGAGGAUAAACGGGUGCAAGAUACGGUUAAGCAAGCUGAGUGGUUGCUCAAUCAGCUCUCCAUCGAGCACGCCAAUAAACAAGAUUCCUUAAUAAAAGUCGAAGAAAACGUCAAAGUUCUCUCUAUUCUCGCGGAUUUGAAUCAGUUGGCAAAAGACGGCAUCAGUUUGGACAAGGACGAGUUGGCGGAGUUGGAGGAUAAAGAAACCUUGAAGGCUUUGAGUUCCGUGCUUAACAGUGUAGUGAGGGACGUUAAAUUUAAAAAAGAACAUUUAGAGACCGUUGCGAAAAAAUUAGAAUCGAGCGAUGAUGAUUUGGUGAUAGGUGAGAUCAAGCCUGAGGAGAAGGAUAGGGAUUCUAGUGAAAUUCAUAGUGAUAGUGAACAUAUUAAAACGAAAAUUAAUCACGCAGUCGACGAAUUAUGAUUGAAACAUUUAUAAUUUUUGUUAUUUCGAUUGGUCUCAUAGGAGCGCAGCAUUUGUUUUCGGUGGUAUACUUUAUAUCAUUUUUUGUAAAUACACUGUUUACCACGUGUACAUUGCAUAAUUGUAUAUACUCUAUUUAUAAAAUUAUCUGUAAAAACAAAAUUGUGAGAAUAUUUUUAUAUUAUUAUAUUAAAAUGUUGAACAUAAAACAAUAAAUU